AUGUUGCCAUCUCUCUUCUUUCCAUCUAUCCUUUCUCCUUCCAGCCUAUAUGUCCCUACCUUUUUGUUCCCUAAAAUCCCCCCAAAAAAAAACCCCCCUAAAUCAUCCUUUCAAUUUUGCAAGCUUUUUGUGUUUCCUCUUUUAAAAACCCAAAAAUAUCGUUGCUCUCUUUCUUCUUCAAUCUCAAAUCUUAAAACCCAGAAUAUCUAGCUAAUUUUUGUUAUUUUCUCUCAUUUAUAGAAUUUGCAUCUACAAUCGGCAUGGCAAAUCGGGUUUUGAUAAUUGCACUGGAAACAGAUGCCCAUUCUGAGGAACGGAGGUCCUUUACUGCUGCCAGGAGGGUGAUUGCCGAGAGUCCGGUCCAUCGGAAUAGAGUUUAUGGUGUGCUUGCAAAAGCUUGGGCGGAUUGCAAGGAUUUCCAGGUAAAUGAAGUUGAAGAAAACCUUUAUGCUAUCUCUUUUCAUUCUGAAUCUGACCUGAUGUAUGUUCUGGAAAAUGCUCCAUGGUCUGCUGGAGGGUUUUUUUUUUUCAAUGUUAAACAAUGGGAACUGGGUAUGCCUUUGGAUGAAAUUGACUUCUCACUAGACUCCUAUUGGAUACAAGUUCAUGGUCAAAAUGUUGAUGAAUUGACCUAUAAUAGUGCUAAUCAUGAGGAUAAGUGGGUUGAACUAAAGUAUGAGAAGCUGUCAAACUUCUGCUAUAACAGUAGUAGGUUAGGUCACUUAGAUUCUGUGUGUGGAGAAGAGAUGGUCAUGUCUUUGAAGGAUCCAAACCAACCUAUAAAGAAUCCUAAGCUCAGACUUGUUUUCUCUACCCCUUCUCCACCUAAGGACAAUGAACAUUUAAAUAUUGAAUAUGUUGGUAGUAGCAGUAGUGGUUUGGUGGCUGGUGAUCCAAUGAAUGAGAACCCUCUUAAUGCUGUUAACCUGGAUAUCAUUCCUGUUCAUGAGACUCUGUUUGUUUACUUUGUGGAAAUACCUGGUGAUGCGUCUGCACUAUUUGCGAAAGGUUGGAAUAUGUUAUCCCCAGAAGGCUGCCCAGCAAAAUCCCCUUGGACAAGAUUGAAUCCUCUGCUACCCUUGCCUAGCCCUGGGAAUGUCAAGUUUCCAAAAUCUGGUGAGAAAAAGAAAACACUGAAGAAAGGGAGGCCUGUUGGAAGAAAGCAAAAGGUGAGUCCUGGUUUCCAAAUUGAGGAAUGUCAGUUGUUCAUUGUGCCCAUUGCAGCAAGUGGCACCCUUUUUUUAGAGGAAAAAAAGCUGAGGUCUGAAGGGGUUGGUGGCCCCCCUAAGGCCACAGGGGUUCCAUGAUUCUGUUCAGAGAUUAUGAUUUUGGGAAGGGGGGCUGCCUUUGGUCAUGAAAUCUUUAAUCCUGAGGUAUCCUAGAUUAUUUCUUCAGUUAAGCUUUUGGUUUAAUUUCCUUCUUUUGUUAUAAACUUUGUUUGCAAUAAAUAUAUCUGCUAGCAUGAGUUUGGGUCUGGUUUGGGUAGGUAGAAUGAUAGUAUGGCUUGCCUUGUAUCUUUGGAGGAGGUAUUCUGUGGAAGGAGUUGUUUGUUUAGUAGGUCCUUCUGUCACCAAUUCAAAGGAGCAAUCUUGAAUGUCCAAGCACUGCCAGAGGAUCUUCAGCCUCACUCUGCCUUCCUUUCAACCCAAGCUCAUGAUGCUUGCUUUCAUCUACCUCCCCAAGACUUUUGAAGACCUGCUUCUCAAGUCCAGCUCUGUGCGACCUGUUGUUAACAGGAGUAAUUCCUUGCUUGCUUCUCCUCUUCAUGUGCAAGCUCAGCAGCUCUCCUUUGUGGUGUUAUUUCAAGUGUUAUGUUUCUGUGUUACUGUUUUUGCUCAUGUUCUGUGUUUUGAUGGUCUGUAAGCUACCUUAUAUUUCCGGUUAAUAUAGUAAUUAUAUUCUA